AUGAGUAGGACCGCAUCGCAGGAUAGCACUUAUAUCAUUAGGAGGAACCCUUUGAAUAUUACGCAGCUCGACGGUUCUGACUUGAUACUUAGCAAACAUAACCUUUCCAAGACAGACAAUAUUACUGACGGAGAACCUUGUUUCGACAUUGAUAAGAACAAGCAUCCGGGUAUAAGUAUCUCACAUUUUCUUGACAGCAAAGCGAACGAACUGUCUGGGGCAGUCAGUGUCAAGAAACCUGUCACCGUCAACCCAGACACUCACUUAAUCCAAGAACUACAACCGAAAAUGGCCACUUCCGUCACGGUAUCCCCACAGCCAGCCCUCACUGUGGACUCUUCACCUACAAACUCUUCUCCAAGCGAGGUCAGCAGCUCCGAGUUUUACAAUGAUUCUUUAUUCAAACCCAUGGAAAAGAUUCAACUGCCGGUUUUGGACAGCCCUGAACUGUUUUCCUCGUUCCAGCAGGCUCUGGAUGACUCGAUUGUCUACAACACACAGCCGGUAAAGACCAAUCCAAAAGACUCUUAUUUGAAACCAAGCGCCAAAGUCGAUGGUUCUCCAGGGCUGGCCCGAAAGAACACAAUUACUUCCAACCACGACACCGUGUGUGCUCCAAGCUCACAGCAGGUGUUCCAAAAACUGAACAAGGCAUAUGAAAAAGCCAAAUCUCCACUAGUACCACAGUCCAAGUUUGACGACGAUAGCCAUAUUGUUGAGCAGCUGAAAAGAGCGCCUAGCACCAUGGUAUCGAAACCUGAUAAGAGUGACGAGAUAGAGACACUUGGUAUUCCUUCUGGUGAGGAUGCUGAUUCUGUCUACGGAGAUGCAGAGGAGAAUAUCCAUCAAAGCGAACCUUCGUCUCCUAUGCUGCAUUCUUCUCCUACCCUAGGUGAUCUAGACCCUGUUGACGAAACCGACAGAGGCCGUCUCUUUUUGAAAAUAUGCGGGAUCAAGGAUCUCCAAUUGCCUUUGGACAAGAAGAGACAUCCCAAAUUCGUACUCAGUUUGGAUAACGGACUUCAGACUGUCAAGACAUAUCCAAUUGAUCUUCUGAAAAAUAAUGCUGAAACUAACUUGAUCCCUAUUGAUCAUGAGUUUGAACUUGUUGUCAGUAAUGAUGAGCUACAUGUGGUUUUGACUUUGUUUGGUCAAAUGGACCCGCUUCCGCCAGUACCUACGCCUGCUCCGCGACAGACGUCUCCUGAAAGACGAGUGAAAAUCGCUCCAGUCGACAUCAAACCGUCAGUGGCUUCAGUUGCGACUGUUUCUCCUGAACAUAAUGGUGUGACUCCACCAAGCUCUCCGAAGAAAAAGAAGUUUGGUUUGUUCAGUAGAAGUCCUAAAAAGUCAAAAGACGAGGUACUAGUCAGUCCGCAGCCACUAGCUCCGGAAACACACAAACGAACGCCAUCUGUAUCACCCCCACCGCCUAUUCUCCGAGCUCCAGUGGCUCAACCGAAAGAUGUAUGGGCUGGAAAGACUGGUAAACAAGGUGAGUUCACUCGUGCCUAUCUAGUGGAAUCGCAGUUUGAAAACGAGAUCUAUGGACGACCGCAGACGUACAUUCUUUCUGGAUUCAACGAAUGGGCCAAGAGGGAAGACAAGGUUAAUCCGUACAGAAUCUGUGGCAUUCAGGUCACCAUGAUGUUCGUGCCUCGAUUUUAUAAGAGCGAGGAACUUCCAUCCAGCACGAAGGCUGCUUUGGCGGAGCUGAAAAACAUGGCUGAAGCGCGAAAUGUAUCUCUUAGCGGGUUCCUAUCACAGCAAGGCGGAGACUGUCGUUUCUGGAGGCGGAGAUGGUUUUCACUAGAGGGUAAAGAUAUGGUAGGACAUCAUGAAGACACCAAAAAAGUUCGAAAUACUAUUAACCUUAGUAAUGUGUCAGUAGUAGACUACAGCAAUGACACUGGAAUCUACGACGAACGGGCCUUUAAAAUGGAGUUUAAAGACGGUGAAACCAUAAGUUUCUAUGCAGACACUGUACAGGAACGAGAUGAAUGGUUGAAAACACUCAAUGUAGCACUCGCGCAUUGCACAGGUAAAACUCGAGGUUGGUAUGAUCUUGUCCUUCAAAGACACGAGGAGAACCGACGAAAGAAAUCCAUGCUUAGCAAGAAGUACCAGGCUCGCCAACAACUGUCCGAGUCAGGGAACUCUGGCUUUCACGAGGAUAUUUGA